CUCCAACAAAGCUCAGACUGAGUGGCUGUAAUCUGUCAGAGAGAAGCUGUGAAGCUCUGUCCUCAGUGCUCAGCUCACCGUCCUCCAGUCUGACAGAGCUGGACCUGACUAACAACGACCUGCAGAAUUCAGGAGUGAGGAGUCUUUCUGCUGGACUGAAGAGUCGACACUGCAGACUGGAAACUCUCAGGCUUUCAGGCUGUCUGAUCACAAAAGAUGGCUGUGGUUCUCUGGCUUCAGCUCUGCGCCAAAACCCCUCCAAUCUGAGAGAGCUGGACCUGAGCUACAACCCCUUAAGUCAGAGAGAGCAGGACGUGUUCCACUAUGCCUUAAGAUUGAGACACCGGGAUUUGUUCUUCUGCCACCACUUCUUACAUCAGAGAGAGCUGGACUUGAGCAACGACCAUCCAGGAGACUCAGGAGUGACGCUGUUGUCUGCUGUGCUGGAGGAUUCACACUGCAGACUAGAGAUGCUCAGAGUGGAGCCUCGUGGUCGCAGAUGGAUGAUACCAGGUCUGAAGAAGUAUGCAUGUGAACUCACACUGGACACAAACACAGUGAACACAAACCUCAAACUGUCCAACAACAACAGGACGGUGACAGAAGUGAAAGAGAAUCAGUUGUAUCCUGAUCAUCCAGACAGAUUUGACCACUGGCCUCAGCUGCUGUGUCAUGAUGGUCUGACUGGUCGCUGCUACUGGGAGGUCGAGUGGGAAGGAGGGGUUCAUAUUGCAGUGACCUACAGAGGACUGAAAAGAAAAGGACGCAGCGCUGAGUCCAUGUUGGGAGGGACCAGUCAUUCCUGGAGUCUGUACUGCUGUGAUAAAUACUACUCUGUCUGGCACAAUAACGGAGGGACGGUCAUCUCGUCCUCCUCAGUCUCUCACAGAGUCGCAGUGUAUGUGGACGUUCCUGCUGGAACUUUGUCCUUCUACAGUGUCUCCUGGGGUUCUCUGAUCCACCUCCACACCUUCAACACCACAUUCACUGAGCCCUGUAUCCUGGGUUCAGACUCUGGUCUGGUUCUUCAGUGUCUCUGUGUUCAGAAGAAGAUUCAGUCGAUGACUUCAUGAUGAUCAAGUUCCUUGGAUUCUGAUUGAGUGACUGUUAAGCUACCAAGUGUAACACCAGCAUGGUUUGCGCAACAAAUAGCUUGUGUGACAGCCCCACCUAGUAUGGUAGUUGAGCACAUUGGCUUUCUGUGUUGUGCUCUGCUUCCUCAGGUCCCUGGACUGCUGGAGACUGUGUGGGCGGUCCUACCUGCUUGGUGCACUUGGACCCAGCGCUCCCAGGCUACAAAAGGACCAACCCCUCAGCUCCUGCUCUCUCUCCUCCUCAUGCUUGUGUCUUGGGUUGGUGUUGUAAUGUAAAAUACUACAUCUGCAUGAAGAAUGUCAAAGCAAGUUUCCUUAAGUUUCAUUAAAGGUGAGUGGAAAGGUUA